UUGAGAAGGCCUAAUUAGUAGAUUGGUGGAGAUGAUGUAAUCUUAAAAUAAGUAAGAAAAUUAGUAUCCUUCCCCAAGUUCCAGUUAAUGUGGGUUGGCUGAAAAGCAUAGGAAAAAUGCAAGCGUUAAUGCCCUCUCCUCAGAUAUAUGUCGAAAGAACCCUGGCAAUCAUUAAGCCAGAUAUCAUCCACAAAGAAGAUGAAAUAGAGGAUAUUAUUCUUAGAUCAGGAUUCACUAUUGUACAGAAACGAAAGCUUCAACUAAGUCCAGAGCAAUGUAGCAAUUUUUAUGUAGAACAAUAUGGAAAAAUGUUUUUUCCUAACUUAACAGCAUAUAUGAGCUCCGGGCCUUUAAUUGCAAUGGUUCUUGCUCGUCAUCGUGCUAUAUCAUACUGGAAGGAGCUGCUUGGACCACCAAAUACCAUAGUAGCUAAGGAAAAUUAUCCAGACAGUUUAAGAGCAAUCUAUGGAACCGAUGAACUGAGGAAUGCACUUCAUGGCAGUACUAGCUUUUCCUCAGCUGAAAGAGAAAUCUGCUUCAUGUUUCCAGAAGUGAUUAUUGAGCCAAUCCCAGUGGGACAAGCUGCUAAGGAUUACUUGACACGCUAUGUCACUCCUACACUACUAAAAGGACUUACAGCGCUGUGUAAGAAGAAACCAGCAGAUCCUUUUACUUGGCUGGCUGGUUGGCUAAUUGAACAUAAUCCCAACACACCUCGGCUGCGGCAUAAUGAGAUUGUGGAGGAGCCUUAAAGAGGGAAAUUAGAAAAUUUUAAACCUAUAAAAAGAAGAUGUCAGUUAAAGAUAUUUCAUUACAUGCUGUCUCUGGAAUUUCUUACUAAUAGUAACGUGAAAUAAAUAUUUUAAAAUCA